AUGCAGGAAACCAACAAGGGGUCGCUGGCCACGGCUCGAUGCAUGCCCGUCAUCUUGGCCCUCAUCGUCAUUUAUGCCAGUUACGUCGUUAUCCAUCCCCUCACCAUCAACUACUUCCUCGAUCCGCCACGAAGUGACAUCCGAAGGCGACUGACUCUCGGAAUUGUAAUUCCAAUCGUCCAUUUCGUGCUGUUACUACCGGUCGUGCUGUGCUACAUUCGAUUGCUGCUGGUCGUCUUCUUGGAUCCCGGAUUCACCGACUUGGGCGCAGAGCCCCGGCUGGGCGUGAACGAGCCUCUGCCUGGAUUGGAGGAGUUUUAUAACCGAGAUGCCUUUGUGYGUGAUGAAAAUGRCCUUCCGAUAUGGUGCGACCUCUGCAACAACUGGAAGCACGAUCGUGGCCACCACAAUCAAGAUACAGGCAGAUGCACGUUCAAGAUGGACCACUUCUGCCCGUGGGUCGGCGGUGUUGUUGGUGAAAGGUCUUACAAGUUCUUUUUUCAAUUCUUGUUCUACACCAUGGUUUACACGGCAUAUCUGGUCGCUGUUUUCGGGUGGGUUGUGGCUCACUACAAGGGCAAUGCUCAGUUCUUGGUGGUGGUUGGUCUGGCAGGCUUCUUCUGUCUCUUCACCACAGGCAUGGUGCUCAACAGCUUGACCAUGCUCUUCAGAAACGUCACGACCAUCGAGACGCAGAACAGCAGAAGAAUGCACAUGGCAGUAGUGCUGCCACCGGAACGCCAGAUCGACCCGCUCAUGCUCCCACCACCAGCAAGAAUAUCCCGAAGCUCAUCAGACGGUGAGGGAGAUCGGCCCAAAACUUCGGAGAUUGAUGACGAAUCGCACCUCAACUACUUCAAGCGACAGCAGAAUGCGGAGUGGCUCCCCUCUCCACCGAAGAGCAGUCCUGGGCGCAAGAUUUGGAAGGGUUCCAUCACUUAUCCGCUACACCUACCUGUCGACAGACCUCCGAUCCCAGCGAUACCACAGCGUCAUUUUGCAAUCCUACGAAUACCACCCGGAAUGAACCCAUUCAAUCUUGGAAGCGCGUAUCAAAACUUCACCUCAGUUUUUGGACACUCAUUCGCGGACUGGGUGCUCCCACUCAAGUACAGUCCAUGCUGCGAUCAUUCCUCGAGAAUAUCAGAGUACCCGUUAGGUCCAGAAUUCGAACUGAUGUUGGCGGAUGCAGGCUUGGUCCGACCAAUCAGUUCUAGCUCAACAUUAAAAGAACGGCGACCUUCGACCACUCCCAGCCGGAAACGGAAACGUAAGCUCGAUCACGGCUGGCAGAAUGGCGAGCGCCCUCCUGGUUGGAUCAGCGAACAGGAAGCGCGGCGUAUGCGCAAGGAUUGGAGACAUAGGGCGGAUCAGAAUCAUCAUCCUGAUGCGAUAUAG